AGUUAAAGUUGUUGAACUAAAUGGGAAAGAGAUACUUUUGUGAAUAUUGCCAACGAGGAUUCCAGGACAAUCUUACUGCGAGAAACAAACACUUAAAAAGCAGCAUCCACAUAAAGAAUAAACAACUUUGGUAUCACCAGUUUAGAGAUACACAAAGCUUAUACAAUGAUGCUCUGAGAAAAAAACCUUGUCAAAGUUAUCUUGCUACGGGUGUGUGCCAGUUUGGAAAUCAUUGCAACUACAGACAUCUAUCUGACCAAGAGCUUUAUAAUCUAAAACAAAGCAUAGGUAUAAUUUUUAAAAAACAUAAGUAUAAAUUCAUUUAAGAGCAAUGGCCUUAGAUUGUGUUGACAUACUGAUUGUUGAAUCAUUCUAUGGGGGUUCUCAUAAACAACUUAUAGAUGUUAUUGUGGAAGCUGUAAAAGAAAAGCAUGGAAAUUUAAACCUAAAGUUGUUGACACUGCCUGCCAAAAAGUGGCCGUGGAAAGCCAGGACAUCUGCGUUAUACUUUUCCACACUAAUUGACAGUGCUCUUACCUGCAAAACUAUUUUUUGCUCAUCUGUGUUGAACCUGUGUGAAUUGGUAGGACUUCAUCCACAGUUAGGAAAAGCGAAGAAAGUUCUUUAUUUUCAUGAAAACCAACUUGUAUACCCCGUUCGAAACAGACAUGAUGGUGACUUCCAGUUUGGUUACAACCAAAUCAUGUCUGCGCUUGCGGCUGAUUUUGUCCUUUUUAACUCCUCUUUUAAUAUGGAAUCAUUUCUAACAAACAUACAAAGUUUUUUAAAGUUAAUACCGGAUCACAAACCUAAGAAUAUUGAAGGAAAACUAAGACCAAAAUGUAAAGUUUUGUAUUUUCCUAUACCCAAUAUUCCUAGAGUAAUUUUGGAGUCUGAUGAACUUAAUGAAUUGCAUAUUGUUUGGCCUCAUAGAUGGGAACAUGACAAAGAUCCUGACACUUUCUUUCAAGUUUUGUUUUUACUGAAGGAAAAUGAUUUUAAAUUUAAAGUGUCAGUGUUGGGGGAACACUUUGCAGAAAUCCCUCCUAUUUUUCAAACAGCAAAAGAAAAACUUGGUGAAAAAUUUGUUAAUCAUUGGGGUUAUCUUGAAGCAAAAUCAUUGUAUUUAAAUUUACUUCAACGAUGUGACGUUGUUGUAUCAACUGCUGUCCAUGAGUUUUUUGGAGUGUCAAUGCUGGAAGCUGUGACUGCUGGGUGUUACCCAUUGUGUCCCAACAGAUUAAGCUAUCCAGAAAUAUUUCCUGCAGAAUGUUUGUACAAUACGCAGCAGCAACUCUACAAAAAGCUUAAAGAAUUUUGCAAGCACAAGCAUUUACCCAAACAGCUAUACAAUAAGCUUAAUUUUAAUGUGAAAAGAUUUCAGUGGCAAAACCUGGAAUCCAAGUAUUUAGCCAUGCUUGUUUAGAUGCAAAAAAUAAAUAAGAUAUUUUUUUCUAAUAAACAAACAGGGUGCACAUGUUGUUAAAGGAUUGUAAUUCUUAAUGGCAAGCUGCAUUCAGUGUUUUUUUUUUUUGAAGAUGGGACACCUUUAGCACAUAAUAUCCAAAUAUACUAAUCUUGUUUUAAACAAUUAACAAUGGUCUAUGGGAGUCGUGGGGAUAUAGUUUUAUAAUUCUUUAAAUGUUCUUUGUUUGCUACCAAAUGUGGCGAGAAAAUAGAACGAAAAGGUAUCUUAUCUUCCCCCACCCUACUAUAUCAUGUACUGCUAAUAACUUGGACCAAGUGUCUUGCCUAAAGACAUACACAUUUCCCACAAGUGGUAGCAUCUAGCCUUGAACCAGAUGUCAUUUGGUUAAAGAGGUGAACACUGUGUCAUAUCGCAGACAAACUUUGGACCUUCUUAAUACCUGUGUUUAGCUGUUCAAACUUCUAACAAAAUACAUCUCUUACAUAGAAAAUGAACCUCUUCUAUCCAAUGAAGAAAUAUUAGCUAAAUGGUUUGUUCAACGGAAAUCUACUGAAGAUUUGAA